GGUGCCCUAGUUAGUGCCAUUAAUCAUUACCGACUUUCAUGGCGGACUUCAAAGGAAGUACCGAAAGAAGUGUGAACUGGCUCAAAAAUUUAGUGUUGUAGUAAAAACUCUUGGCCAUGCCGCAUGUUAGUUCUAGCGGCGGAGAUGACUUAGCUUCCUCGGACGAAGUAAAAGUGUACAAAGAUGAGGGAGAAGAGGGCGAACCAUCGUCCGAAAACUUGUCCGAAGAUAAACUCGGAUUAGUCACUGAGACAGAAGAGGGCAAGAGUUCAACCAUUCCAUCAGAAAACUAUUCAAGAAACGUAAAGGAAGGGCCUCCACCAGAACACAACGGUAUAAAACACACAGGAGUGUCACUUAUUGAUCCCUAUCACCCUACACCCAUAGGUUAUGUGGUUACCCCUUAUCCCUAUCCAAAUGGUGCUACAAGUUUGGCUAGCAGUAAAAUGCCCAUGGUGCAGUCCCACCAUGCUGGUGCCCUGGGGCCUCUCAUGGUGUACAGCAAUGACCACCCAUUUUCCACCCCACCACCAGCUCACCUAGGCUACUCACCUGUCUCAAUAGACCCUAAAACAGGUUUGCCAAGGCAUCCUAUGUAUGCACUCCCCCCACCACCAGGGCAGUUCCCACUCUAUAGGCCAGAUAUAUCUCAAGUGCAAUGGAGCCCUCCAGGCUAUCCCAUCACCACAGCAGCCUUUGGUGGCCAUUACCCGCCAUCACUCAGUACUGCAGGGACUUUCUCAAGAUUUACACAUCCAGGCUUCAUGCCGCCCCACCCUGGGUUCCACCCAGGUUUAACACCUCCGCCCCUCCUUACUACGGGACCAAAACAGGAGCACCCACCACAAUCACAAUCACAAGAGAACCACAGGCACCAGAGCUUACAUGAGCAAGGCAAGAGCAGUCCAGAUGCAAACGAAGCCCAAGAAAAGAAGAAACCACAUAUCAAAAAACCUCUCAAUGCAUUUAUGCUUUUCAUGAAAGAACAGAGGGCCAAAGUAGUGGCAGAGUGCACAUUAAAAGAAUCUGCAGCAAUUAAUCAAAUUUUAGGUAGAAAGUGGCAUGCACUUGAUAGAUCUGAACAGCAAAAAUACUAUGAAAUGGCCCGCAAAGAGAAGGAGCUGCACAUGCAGCUGUACCCUGGCUGGUCAGCACGAGAUAACUACGCCUGCCACACGAAAAGGAAAAAGAGGAAACGUCAGGAAUGUCAGGGAGAAAAAGAUUGCAAUAACCCAAAGAAGUGCAGGGCGCGGUUUGGAGUGGACCAGCAGCAUCAGUGGUGCAAGCCAUGCCGCCGAAAGAAGAAGUGCAUCCGCUUCCUGAUGGGAGAUGAUGAAGAUGAAGAUGAUGAUGAUGAUGAGAAUGCUAGUGAUGCAGAGGAUCAAGCAGGAAGCGUGCCUCACGUGGACUCCACAAAUGAUCCAGAGAAUACCAACAGUCCAGAUCAGUAUGGACAUCACUCAGACAAUAACUCAGACAGUGACCAGGAGAUUUUAAAACACAACAGUGGAGACAAUGAAUGCUCUAGUACAAACACCCUAGUGUCCCACCACCAUCAUCACCAAGAUGCCCUGCCAAGUACUACAACUCCACAAGUUCCUUCCUCCUCCACUUCUUCGUCAACGAGUGAAGCCAUAGCCACAUAACACUUACAUGCGUAUUACGUACAUUUACUACAGCAUGGACAUCAUGUGAGCUGUGCUCACAGACUUGAUCAUCAUGUGGAACAUGGUGGAGUGUUGUAUUUAUCACUUUGGCCUGGAGACUGAGGUCAGUCAGAGUGAAACACAGAUGCAUCUGAAAGAAUCUCUUGUUCCGUGUACAGGUGAAUCAAUAUUAUUCCACAGAGGCCCGAAGAACCACAAGGAAAAAUGAAAAUUUGGGAUAUGUAACAUUUAUGAUGAAACGGAAUUUUCAUAUUCACUGUGGUGAAAAAUACUGUUUGUCAGGUUUACUGGAUUCCAGAAUGAAAUGCCGGAAUGAAAAAAAAGAAAACUGAUGUGUUAUCCCAUCUUGUAGGAGCACCUGUAUGUGUUGGGGGUUUUGCAGUUAGUUCCAUCUGGGAACAUAGAUUUGAACUUUUUGCAGACUAGACUGGCAAGUUGCCCUGGAAAUUGAACAGUUGCUUGGCUCAUAGUGGAACAUUUAUUUUUGCCAAUGGGUUAAACGAAUUUGAAAAAAAGUUAUCAUUCUUUUCACUAAAUUGUCAUCGAUAUAUACUUUUUUUUUCAUUUUUGGUGAAAAAGAUGGUAAAAAAAUUACUUUUUAUUUGUAACCAGUGUAAAACAUGAAUGCACCGACAGUUGUAUUUUCAAGUUGAUCUCAGGUGCCUAUGUUUAAAAGUUCUUCAGUUUGGUCCUCUGUGGUUUUGGUUCCACACCAAAGAUGUGCAACUUGUCAUGCAGAAAUUUAGAUUUAUUAUUGUUGUACAGUGUAAUAUAAAAUGUAUUCUUUUAAGAAAGAAUCUUUUCCUACUCAAUCAGUGUAAAAUUAUUUAUGCAUGUGUCAUAAAAUUUAUUGAAGCUAGAAGUAAAAGUUAAGUACCCUAGACAAAUUCUUUUAAACAGUUGUACAUUUUAAGGAGAAAUUUAUCAUUUUGUAUAAAAGCAUUGUAAAUAUCAUUAUUUGAAAGUUUGCUGUCUUCAGAGAAGUAAAAUAGCAUCAAACUUGUUCACUGUUGCUGAGAUAAUAGACAAAGCAAUUUUGUCAAUGAAUUUCAAAAUAAUUUUUGUAGUAAAGCAUGCUACCACCAACUCUUUAUCUUGUCACAUUUCUGUUUAGAAAUAUAGGUGCUAAUUAAGCAGUAUGUUUGCCUUGAAACCUGCUGUGUGCAGAUUAUGGAGAUGAAUGGUUACUUUAUGCAGAGUUCAUUGAAAUGAUAAUCAAAUUAAGAUGUUAGACAUCUUUUAUUGUUGUUUUAUUUGUUGUAUAUGGAAUGAAAUUAUACAAGUAUCUUUACAGUCUGAGAAACAAAUUGAUGAUUAAGAAGGUUUUUAGAGUUACUUUUUUAAUAAUCAGCAAUGUUUUAUAAUCAGAACUGCAUUUUAAAUGGUCAACAUUUAGAUUUUUAACUUUUCUUGGUUAACUGCUUCAUGGAACAAUGAAUGUCAGUGUUUUAGAAGAUGUAUUUUAGUAAUUAUUGGUGGCUUAAAUUAAUUUGAUACGGAUUUGAUAAAGCAUACACUUCUGUGAUGGUAUCACAGGACACUUGCACAGCUAGAUUACUAGUGCCUUUGGUAAAGCAAAUUUUCAGCUAUAAAAUGAUUUUUAGUAAAAAAAAAAAAACUAUUUUCAGCUUCUGCAUUUUUAUUGUGAAUACAAAGUAGAAGUGCCUUAGCGGCGCUUUUUUUAAUUUUUGGAAUUUUUUCUCCACCUCUUAGUUUGCAUCAAAAGGGUAAUAAUGAUAUUUUUCUGUGAUGUCUCUAGUAUGUGUAUAGCUAGAGUUAGUGCGUCGUAAACCUCGUCGAAGCAUAUCAUUAGCAGUGGUUAGAGAGAAAAAAGUCCUGUUGCCUUGGCAGAAUUUUCAAUAUUUUUAUUGCCUGUACAGACUGUCUCUGUAAUAAAACAAUCAAAGAUCUGAUUAUAUUAAGUUA